UUUUUUUAAAGGUGACAACAUCGGUAUUUUUUGUUAUGAUUUGCUGUCAUUUCGGAAUUUUGGAAAAAUUCAUAAUACCAUUAAAACAAAUAUAGAUUUGUUACAAUUUGUUGAGUAAUUUAUGUAAAUGCUUUUGUAAGAUGGCUCGAAGCUAUUUUCUUUAAAAAAAUUCCAGGUAUGGUAUUGAUUUAAAAAUGCGACCAUUUGAAAUUUGAAAAAAAUCAUGUGCAAUUGCAAUGCCAUGAUUUGAUGCCAGUCCGAAAUUUUUGAAAAAUUACAAAUAUAUAAAAACAACUAUAGGUUUUGUGGGAUUCUUUGAAUAAUUUAUGGAACUGGAAGUUAAACGGAUUUUAUUUCAAGAAAUUUCCUGCUGGUGUGAUAACAUCGCUUUGAAAAUAAUAGCGUUUGAAUUUGCAUGAGAUUUCUUAAUUCAUUUUUUUUCUUAGUCCAAUGAUAAAUUUGAAAAAAAUCAUACGCAAUGUUAUGAUUACAUUCCAGUAGAGAAUUUGGAAAAAUUCAUAAUGCAAUUAGUGCAAAGAUUUGAUACGAGUUUUAUCAUAUGACUUAUCGAGUAAUUUAUGAAAAUGCUUUGGCAAGCCGGCUCAAAGUUAUUUUUGUCAAGGAAUUUCCAAAUAGUGUGAUGAUAUCGCUUUAAAAAUAAUACCAUUUGAAAUUGCAUUGGAUUUUUGAAUUCUCGUUUUGUUUUGAUUCAGCAACAAAUUCAAAAAAAUCAUGCUCAUAUUUAGUUAUGAUUUGCUGCCAUUUCGGAAUUUUUGAAAAAUUCAUAAUGUCCUUAAAGCAAUUGCAGGUUGGCAAGAUUCGUCGGAUAAUUUAUAAAAAUGCUUUGGCAAGCCGGCUCAAAGCGAUUUUCAUUAAGAAGUUUCCAGGUUGUGGUAUUGAUUUAAAAAUCAGUGCAUUUGAAAUUCCAUGAGGUUUUUGAUUUUAUCUUGGUUCAUUAAAAAAUUUGAAAAAAAUCAUGUGCAAUUGCAAUGUUAUGAUUUGAUGCCGGUUCGGAAUUUUGAAAAUGUACAAAUAUAAUCAAAACAACUGCAGGUUUUUUAGUAUCACAGUCCAAAGAAAUUUGCUGGUGUGGUAUCGCUAUAAAAAUAAUAGAAUUUGAAACUGCAUGACAUUUUUGAAUUCACGGUUUAUCUUAGUCUAAUAAAAAAUUUGAAAAAAAAUUAUGCGCAAUGUUAUGAUUUGAUGCCAGUUUGAGAAUUUAGGAAAAAUUUAGAAUUUUUAAAUGAGUUGCAGAUUCGUAAGCUUUUUUUAGUCGUCUACUAUUUGAUGCCGGUUGGAUUUCAUAAACAAAGGAUUUCAGAUUCAUAAUUCAUAUAUACACGAAGGUGUCAAGAAACGACGAAAUGCUACAAAUUUUGAGGACUAAAUUAUGUACAAAAAAAAACGAAAUUUUUUUAAAUAUCUUGCAUGUCGGAAAUUAAAAUUACAAUUUGCUACAUUUUCAAGAUUAAAUUGGUGCUGAAAAUUUAAACAAAAGCGGAAACUUUAUUAAAAUCCUGCAUUCAACAAACGUUGCGAAUGACAAAGGGUGAAAGUUAGCAGCUUUCUCCAUCAUGACAUGGAUUCAAGCCUGCCCGAAAUUGGAACCGAUUGAGUCAGAAAUAUUAAAAAUAUUUGAGGAUUGUAAAUCUCGGGGGAUGUCGAAAGAAGAAAUUCGCGAUGUUUUCGCCCCCCUCGGGCUCCCCAAAGUGGUCAACAGGUUGAGUGAGGUUGGGAAGAAAGGUCAAGGUCACGGGGUCGCAAUGAUGACGACCGUGCUAAAGGAAAAGGUCAAAGGUCACGCGUGGGUGAAAAGCUUGCUGAUUUUUUUGACCGUUUUUGCGGUGGGUGGAGUUAUCGCGGCGAGAAAUGGGGAGGAAAUGAAAACUUUGAGAUUUCACGUGUUGGCCGUAGUUCGGAUGGCGCUUAUCAAGAUCCUGCCGUAUUGGAAUUGGACGGACAUGUAUUACACGCGAUGUAUGGUUCGAAACCCGUUUUUCGAAGCUCCCAAUCUCAACUUGGAUGAUUGCAAUCUUUGUGAAUCUCUGGAUGAAAUUGCACGGAUGGCGAACGUGUCGCAAACUCUUGUGAACGAGGAAUUUAUUCGACGCGAAAAGCCGUUCAUUAUCACGGACGGGAUGGAUGAUUGGGAUAUCAUGAUGACUGAUCAAUUCUGGUUCGAUAACAUUACGGAGAUUUACCUGCGCCAAGCCAAUUUCCAAGUUUGCAAUGUGAACACGAAUUUGCGAAUUUCUAACGGAGAUUUUACCCGAUUGCUGAAACGACUCUAUAAUCCGAGAACGCAAGGGUGGUUUAUUCACUGGGAAAAUUGUCAAAAGGACAUGGCGAAAUCGGUGCGACAAUAUUAUCGGCGUCCUUAUUUCAUUUCGGAUUCGUUGGACUUCACCGGAUCCAACUGGGUCUUGAUGAGUUCCGAUUUUAACGGCAGAGUCUACAAAAAGAUCGAAGGGACGGACAGUUUAAUGUUGCUGCAUCAAGUUCGUGGCUCCAACCAUGUGCGGAUCAGUCCUCGCGAAGCGUGUCGCGGACAUUGUCCCGAACUUUUGGGAACAUUGAAUGAAGGCGAAAUUCUCGUGGUGACGAAUCUGGUCUGGAUUUUGGAAUACAUUCCUGGCGAAUUUGGCGACAAUUUGGCCCUUGCAUCAGAAGUUGCGUGGCCGUCGAUGGAAUAGAAAAUUCGGGAUCAAAUGAAAGUGUGCAGAUUUGUAUAAAAAAAUUAGACGAAUUGUUAGUGGAGAAAGUAGUGGAGAAAGUACAAAUGAAUAUAUGAUGAAAAUAAAUUAUGAAAUUUG